AUGACAACCAACGGCCACAACGUCGCCGCCCAGCAGGCUCCCAAAAUCACCCUCUACACCAACCAUCGAUGCCCUUAUGCCCAGCGUGCUCAUAUCACGCUUGACGAGUUGAAGUUGCCGUAUGAGGAGGUCAUUAUAGAUUUGGAUACGCCCAGACCGCAGUGGUACUUGGACAUCAAUCCACGUGGCCUCGUCCCUUCGAUCAAGUACACGGUCCCGGGCGUGUUUGAUGAGGAGAUCAUAACGGAGUCGGCGAUUGUCGCGCAGUUCCUGGCGGACUCGUUUCCGAGCCAUUUGUUGCCUGCUAGCAGAGAGAGUCCGGAUGCGCCGUUGAGGAGGGCGAGGAUUGGGUUUUUUGUUGAUACGUGGGGGUCUAAGGUUGGUGCGAAUUGGUUCCAAGUCAUCAAGGCCGACUCCCGGAGCGAGAAACAACAAAAGGUCGACGAAUGGGUCGCUGUCGUCAAGAAGGAGAUUGAGCCUCUUCUCGCCGGCGCGAAGCCUUUCUUUGGUGGAUCCGAGAAGUUAACAUUUGCGGAAGUCAUUGCGGCUCCUUUCAUUUUGAGGUUCUAUGCGCUGGCUAAUGAUGGCGAGCUGAUUCCGAAGAAUUUGGUGGAGCAGUUCGAUGCGCUGCCGAACUUUGGGAAGUGGGCGAAGGCUGUGAGAGAGCAUCCGAGUGUGACGAACCUUUGGGAUGAGAAGGCAAAUGUGGAGGGGACGAAGCAGAGAAUUGAGAAGAUGAAGGCUGCGGCGAAGUAG